AUGGCGCUGACGAGUGCUGUCGCUAAUGCCGCCGCUGCCGCCGCCGCCGCUGGCGCAGGCAAGAAGGCGGCCCAAGUUCAGUUGCAGGCCGAGCUGAACACUGACGACGAUUGGAAGAAGUUCUUGCUAAGAGAUGGAUUACUUGGCAAGUAUAAUCCAGUUUUUAUUGGUCGACAAUGUUCUGAUAAUAAUAUAUCCGUCUCGUUCUGUCAACACAAAGUAGUGGACGUGUACACGGAAUGGUGUGGACCGUGCAUCGGCAUGGUGGGCAACCUGAAGAAGAUUAAGGUGGAACUGGGCGGUGACAACCUGCACUUGGCCGUGGCAAAGUCAGAUACAAUCGAAUGUCUGAAAAGAUUCAGGAAACGGAGCGAGCCUACGUGGAUGUUCAUUGCGUCCGGACAACUUCUGAACGUGGUAUUCGGUGCGGAUGCACCUCGCUUGACGAGGACCAUAGAGCAGGAACUACGAAACGAGGAGCUGGCCAAGAAGGGCGAGCUCCAACGGCCACAGAGGGCACCUCACGAACUCACACCACCGGAACAGCGCAUAGCGCGCGAGGCGGCGGCGCUGGAGGAGGCGAGGCUUGCGCGACGCGAGGCACGCGCUACACGCCUCGAAACAUACUUCGCUGACGUGUGCCCCGUGCUCAUGCUGCCUCACGCGCAAAAAAUGCUCAGGAAGGUUUCAGACGCUUUGGAACAAAACGGUUUGGUAGUGGCAGAUAAAUGCCCUCUUUUAUUGGGCAAAGAUGGAGCGAAGAGGCUAGCUCUAGAAGACCCAGAAUUAAACUCUGCAGCUGCGAUCACGGUGUUGAGUGAACGGCCAGCGCUCACUCUCCUGCUGAAAAAGAUGCCAGAGAAAGAUGGCAGUAUUAUUGAGUUAGUCCGUACAGCUCUAUGCGGCGACGGUGAAGAUGAAGAGGCUCUUAAGAAGACUCUCUACGAGGAACUAAAGGCAGAUUCCGUUCCCGGAUUGUUCGUCCCCGCGGACAGGCAUCAGAGAGCUGCCGCAUUAGAUGUGUUAUUCCCUAAGAUGGUCGGGGCGGUGGUGGAGCCCCCGGCGGCGGUGGAGGCGCCCCACAUCGCUGUCAUGUUCGGUGCGUGGCAGCGGCGCGCGGUACUCGCCGCCUGUGAGCCGCACUCCUCACGGCUACUCAGAUACGGGUUCUUCGCCGACACCAAUUUAGAUGAGCCGAAACUACUGUGCAAGACCGUAGCCCAAUACGAUGAAAGACCGGAGAAGGACUACUGUGAGACAAUAGUCCUGAUGAUAGCCGUGGGCCUGGCGGAGCCUGAACUAGCUGACCCUAGCGACGAGACGCCGGCUGGGGGUUGGGGAACCCCCGUGCAACUGACGGCGCUAGGGCCGCUGCACGUAUCCACUGAUGCAGUGGAGGGGAGGAAGGAAUGCUCCAGGUUCUUCCCGCCCGGGUACAGCGAGCCAGACAAGCCUACCAAGACACGCUCCAAGAAGAAACGGAAGAAGCGUCACGAGACCAAAGAGGGUCCGAGUGAGUCUACAGAGGCGCCGCCAUUAUCCGAGGUGUCGGAGCACGAGGCGUCCGAGGCCGCGCCCUCCUCCGACCCCGACCCCGACCCCGACGCCGACGCCGACCCGGACCCCGACCCCGACGACGACAGCGAGGACCCCACCGCGGACAAGGCCACCUCGCCACCGCCCAACUGAUUCUAACACACUCCCUUAGGGGCCAUCCAUAAAUUACGUCACACGGGGGGGGGGAUCGACGAAAAGACAUAAGAGUGUAGGCACACCCAACAAUAAGAGCGGUCAAACUCUUUUUUUAAUUCAAAUAGCACACGUGCGGUGACAGUACUUCUGCGAUAGCUAUAUCUACAUCUAAGGUUAUUGAUGUAAAAGUAUAUACAGGAAUAAUUUAAAACCACUGCGAAGAUUUUGUGAAAAUAAACUUUAAGUAAUUUAAAUAAACACGUAUUUUUUAUUUUGAUAUGUUCUAAUACUAAAAAAUAAAGUUAUCGCUUAUCAAAGAUCGAGAUUUUAAAACUUAAUUUAUGGACACCGCGCGCCGUGCGUCAGCUGAGCGCUCUCGCUCGACGCCGUAGGCAUGUACUCGUAGGUACCUAUCUACACGGGUCACUGACCGCUCAUUUUGUUAGAUUCAAACUAGAUUUUAUGCCAUGAUCUGAGGUGAUUUCUAAGAGUAAUUCCAAUUUUCCCUUGAUUGUGAUUUGGCAUUUUGAUGGCCAUACUUUGAUUGUUAAGGCCAUCAAAAUGCCAAAAAAAUAAAAGAGAAACAAAUUCGUUAUCUAGAAAAAAAUAUUAACGUUAUGCCGAAAUUACAUAGGUACUUCUGCGUUCAGGCGUAUUUAAAAAAAUUGAAAUCAACUACGUAUUUACAAUAAUGUUGAAUCAAAACAAACACCUAACUAAUUACUUACCAUGUAUUUUAAUAUUUGUUCAAAAUGAAGUCUACGUCUGGUAGAGAUUGCUACCUUAGCAAUAAGGCCGCCUUUUGUGUUACUGAAUCUAGUUUUAUGUACCUUUCUUACUGUAUUUCAUAGUGCAAUAAAGAAUAUUCAAUCAAUCAAUCGGUCCAGACAUAAACGAGCACAUUUCAUUAAAUUGUCAUUUAAUUUAUUUAAAACACUAGUGUCACUUUUCACUUCACUGAAAGCGUUAUUAUUUUUUAUUGUUAAGUCUUCUAGACUUUGUGCCUCCUCAACAUCCCGGCGUUUGACUUCUUCCCAUAAGAAACAGUCCCUCACUUGUGAACAAUGCCUCAUCCGUCCACAAGAUGUUUGCAUCGCGGUGAUGUAG